AUGACAAGAACCCUCCCAAACAUAAUCCUAACCGGCACCCCAGGCACAGGCAAAACAACCCACGCCUCCCUCCUAGCCGAGCGCACCCCCCUCCGGCACCUCUCCAUCAACGACGUCGUAAAAGACAAGGGCUGCCACGAGGGCUUCGACGAAGAAUACCAGUCCUGGAUCGUAGACGAGGACAAGCUCCUCGACGCGAUCGAGGAGCAGGUCAAGGAAGGGGGGUGGAUCAUCGACUGGCAUGCCUGCGACCUCUUCCCCAAGAGCUGGGUUGACUUGGUGGUUGUGUUGCGCGCCGGGACGGAGGUGUUGUUUGAUCGGUUGAGUAAACGAAACUACCCCGACCACAAACUCCAAGAAAACCUCGACAGCGAAAUCAUGGACGUCCUCCUCCAAGAAGCCCGCGACAGCUACGACGAGGAGAUCGUCGUCGAGCUCCAGUCCGGCGACGCCGACGAGCUAGAGGCAAAUGUCGAGAGGAUUGAGGCUUGGCUGGAGCAGUGGAAGAAGGAUAAUAACCAAAAUUAA